AUGCUGCUUAUCGGGUCUAGAGUCUUGCGCUCAUCCCAAGGCGUCUCUGUACUUCGCAACAGAACUAUUCGACCAUUCCACGCCAGUCAAAUUCAAUCGGCGGAUUGGAGCAAGCCCACGAAUGAGCGUCGUCCAGUUGUUCAAGGCCUAACAGAGGCCAGGGCGACACGGGAAUCGAGCAUCGUCCGCAAAGAGGUGGCUCUACCGAGCCAGGAAGGGCACACCGGUUUGGUGUCUUAUGUGCUAACGACUCUAGAUCAGAUUGCAAACUGGUCGCGCGAGAGCUCCCUAUGGCCCAUGACCUUUGGCCUCGCCUGCUGCUCCAUCCAAAUGAUGCACCUAUCCGCCCCGCGUUACGACCAGGACAGGCUGGGGACUUUCUUCCGGGCCUUGCCCCACCAAUCCGACGUCUUGAUCGUCGCCGGCACGGUGACCAACAAGAUGGCGCCCGCGCUGCGGCAGAUCUACGACCAGAUGCCCGAGCCGCGCUGGGUCAUCAGCAUGGGCAGCUGCGCGAACGGCGGCGGGUACUACCACUACAGCUACAGCGUCGUUCGUGGCUGCGACCGCAUCAUGCCCGCCGAUGUGUACGUGCCUGGUUGCCCACCGACGGCGGAGGCGUUGAUGUAUGCGAUGCUGCAGCUGAAGCGCAAGAUUCGAAAGACGAGGACCACUCGGAUUUGGUACCGGAAGUAA